AUGGCGACGAAAACAACCGGUGGCGAGGCUGCAGCGGCCGCAACUUCUCAACCAUCGAACAAGACACCCAUUACAAUUCUCGAUUUGCCAGCCGAAACCCAACAGGAUAUUGUUUCCCAUUGCUCUCAAGGUGAUCUCAUUUGUCUGGCCCUGGUGUCUAGACGGUUCCACGAGCUGGCAGCAGCCCAACUUUAUCGUAGCUUCCACAUCAUUUUCCCGGAUGACGACGAUGUCAACAUUGAAUCUCCUAUUGACGGAUUGGCCGGCGGCCUGGAUACCUUCACCACUAGCGAAUACAACUAUGCUCAGCACCUGCAGGACCUUUCUAUGGACACUUUGAGCGCUGGCGUCAAAGGGGAGCAUUCAUAUCAACCUUACCUAUACAGUGCGAGCUGCGGCAAAUUCCUCAACACAUUGCUGUACCUGACGUUGAAGCGAGCACAUUCUUUGGAGUCCUUUCGAUGGAAUAUUCGUGUUGAGCUUAGUAGGCCUGUGUAUGCACAACUCCACCGUAUCAUAUCACUCAAAAGACUACAUCUUCGGAUGCAGGCGGGAGACUCGUAUUAUACGACGCCACCUCCGCUACCUGUAUCUAUCGACAGUCAAUCCCAUCAUCAGCCGAAUGGCCACUGGCCUGAUAUGGUCUCUUCCCUUCAACCAGCUGGGAGCCCGCCUCCUGGCCUGCCACCCGCUCUACUACCACCUUCGUCCAGACCGACCCCAAAAAGCAAACUAGGCAAGAGGGGCUCAGAUAACAAGGAACCACCGACCCUGUCAGGUUUCAAAUCACUCAAGUCCCUGUCUGUGCUGGACAUUGACAAUCUUGAUAUUGUGUCUGAGCUGAGAACAUGCGUCAGAAACUGCUUCUCUACCAUCAAGGAACUCCAGCUCUCCUUGUCUGAUUCCUUGGCGCAGCAGGCACGAAGACCACAGGCCGAUUCGGACGCUGACGACUCAGACGUCGAUGAUGAAUACCAGGUUGUUCCGACGUCAGAAAAUGCCACCAGCUACGACAGCACCGGCCCAGCAAAGGUCUUUCGAGCUCAAGAGGAGAGAAAGCUGCAAGAAUCAAUUCUCAACAAAGUUUUCAACAUUGAGGAACCUCAUCUCCUAAAGAAGUCGCCGAUUCAACUUGGAAACUCGUUAAAUCCCCCCAAGUCCGCAACAAAAACCGGAGAAUCAAAGGCCACGACGGGAGACCCUCGCGAAGAAUAUAUCUCGUCGAUUCGAGCAGUAUCUACUAGGCUCAUGGCAGUUAUGCAUGGCUCUAGAGACUUUUCCAUCUCUCAACAAGAAAUUCUCGAUACGAUCGAGAAGGCUUCACGAAAGUACGUGCAAUCUGAUAUGGCUGGUGAGAGUUCAACAUGCAAUGGGAGCGGCACGGCCAACGACGCCGAGGAAUCGACCUCCCAGGCAUCACAGUCUGCAGUAAACAUAUCGAGGGCAGGUGCAGCGACCGGUGCCAGUCAAACCGAAACCGAAACUCCGCAAUAUGAUGCAUUUGCUGUCAGCGAAGAGAUUUGUCCACGGCCGCUGACUGAUAAGGCGUCCGAGGGGGCUCGGAGAUCUCGGAGCGAAGGGGAACUCUCCCCCGAUGACAUCGAUAUUGAACAUUUGGAAACGUUAGAUGAACACAUUGACGACUUUGACGAUCAGCCGCUGACAGAAUCCUCCAACUCCAAGACUUGUAUGCCACGAAAAAUUACGAAUGGGCAAGCUGGCGAGUCCGGCGGUAUUUUGGGCGCUACGUCAAAACAGUGUUCUCAACUGCUGCGAACCGACCGAGAUUCUAUCCAUGUAGAAUCCAGGCCUGGAAAAGCAGACCGCGCAGCCAUCGUUGAAAAACUGGCUCAACUGCGCCGAUUGGUUUUCGAAGCAGGGCAGAGAGUCUUGGAAAUACGCGACGAGAGGGUUAAUGAGAGCAGCUCCAGCGUUGCUAAUGCUCUGGACUCAGAACUUGCGCUUCUGAAUCGAGGCGCGAUAGAAGUUUCCAACGAGAUUAGGAUCCUCGAGUCCGAAAUCGAAGACCUCUUGGAUGCGCCCAACGUUCAGAAAGACAAGUGCAUGAAGCAGAAUAUGGACGCGUAUGCACGCAAGACGAGGGGAAUGUCGAUUGAAACUCUGAAAAUCUGCCUCAUACCCGUCAAGGCCUCUGUUUUAUCGCAAGCUAUCGACGUGGCGUGCAUUAAAGAGUUGAGCCUCAUUAACGUUGGAAACCAAGCGCCCAUUUGGUCUAUGCUCACGAAGGAGCAGAAGUUCCGCCCGAUUGCUUUGCGGAGUGUUUUCACUGACCAUGUUUCUGUUUCAUUCUUGGCAUGCGUGGCACAGCUUCCACAACUGGACGAUCUGUUUAUGCUGGAGCGAAGCGUGAAGCACAAACCAGAAAGCUUUGCACCACGUACCGCUACGUCGAUGGAUCAGAUUAGGAGGUUGGUGCUGAAGAAGCACAUGCCAACUCUCAAAAGGCUCAUGAUCAAAGAUGAAUCCAACGGGCCAAACUGGGACACCAACGUGAAGACGAUGAUGUUGAUAUGCACGCGAGGUGUGAAGCUAGAAGAACUUGCACUGAGCAUGAACAUUCAUACGGUGCAUGCUUUUGUACAGUACUUUUCUGGCCUCAUCAAUCUCCGGGCAAUCAACAUUCUUCACUUCAAGAACAAUGAUACUUGCAUCUGGGUCAUGCGGGAAAUACUACGAUUCAUUGUUGACAAUCUUUCUCAUCACCCCCAACUGAAGUUGGAAUGGAUCGCCAUGGAGGAUGACCGAGUCGACCGAGUAAUACGGCCUUCUGAGUGUUCUGGAAAUUCCCCUUGUCAAGAGUCAUCGAACAGGACAAAGAACAAGGGAAAAGACAAAGCUCACGUUCCGUCCUCCAGUGGCAGCUCGUCGCAGGCAUAUCCCGUGUUCCCUCUGGAGGGUCUGGAUUCCGAAAGCGAGAGUGACGACGAGGCCGAGGACGGCGGAUCUCGGCUGAGGUACAAAACGCUUGGCCCUCUACAAUUCUAUGAUGUGUGGGGGGUCAAGAUAUUUGAAAAGGAGAUCCGUAGCGGUAAGCUUUAG